GCUUCUUCUUUAUUUAUUUACUUUCUUCACAAUGUCCACCAACCUCGGCAUUUGUCCUUGCCAACACCAACACUCAGACGCAAGUUUGAUCAAUAAGCCCACAAUAUUGCGAUUCUUCAGUGCCACAUAAAUGUUGCAACGAUUCGGUUUCAAAAUAUUCACACAUAAUAAUGCCCAAUUUGGAGGCACCCAUUGGCUACGAUGAAUCUUCACCGGAGAAUUCCUACUCCGCUGAGGCGGUUGGUGAUGUGCCCACAGUGGGCGAACCUAUGCAGCCGCUGCCAGCUGGCGCUGUAGAAAUACGCCUACAGCCAGCGGGUCAGCAAACACCGCUAGCGCCUACACGACGACUGCCUGCGCUGAGUCCGAAUCCGGUACGUGUACGUCCAUUGCAACGUUUCAGCGAGUUUGACCGUGAAAUAGCGGCAUUGGAGGAGGAGAACUAUUGGCCAGUGGUGCCGGUCGUGCAGAUAUUACCAAUAAAUUUGCCACCACAACUGCCCGAGCCGUCGUUAGAUGAAUUACUGCGUCGCGUCACCGGUCGCAAUGAUUUGCAUAAUGUAGACACUGUACGUCUGCGUGUCAUUUCAUAUAGCAUUAGUCUGGCAAGCUUGCCGCUCUUCCUGCCACGCCUACAGCAUCUAGACUUGAGCGGCAGUGUGCUCUGCUCGUUGCGUGAUCUUGGUUAUGGUCUGCUACACUUGACCUAUUUGAAUGUGAGUAAUUGUGGACUGAAUAGUUUUGACGGCACUAGUGGACUGCCGGCGAUACGUGUAAUCAUCGCUGAUGGCAAUAUGAUACAGCGUGUGGACCCACUCACCGAUUUGGUGUUAUUGCAGCGUCUAAGCGUGCGUAAUAAUCGCAUCAGUGAUUUGGGUUUACUCACUUUCUUAGGGCUUUGUCCUAAUUUGCUGGAAUUAGAGUUGCAAGGUAAUUCCGUUAUACACAAUCCACUUUAUCGCACCACAUUGCAACGCAGCGUUCCCACAUUGCGUAUAUUGGAUGGCAUAGCGCUGGGCGAAACAGUGGUCGCACAAGCCACAGUGAUCAUUGAACCAGCUGGCGGGAACUCUUCAACGGAUGGCGAGGUUUCAUCGCUUUCGAGUGAGUUAUACUCUGACUCCUCACGUGCCGAAUCGAAUGCGUCAUCGUUGGCGAAUGUGCCGGCUGCGAUACAUAGGCCUGCAACAGCUCCACAGCCAGCAGCGAGUGAAGGCAACGUUUCCGUACAGUCUCCAAGACCGGCCUCGGUCCCCCACACAGCCGAGUUACGCCGCAGCUCACUUUCCAUGGGCGCUCCAGUCGUGGGCUCGGUUCUUAGUUUGGUUCGUCGUAAUCGGCGGCAGCGUCGCCAAGCUUGGACCACGUCGUCACAUAGUUCCUCUUCGAGUUCAUCUCUGCGUUCUCCUUUAGAGAAUGAAAGUUCGGAAAAGCGACUGUCUACUUUACCGAAUUCGUUAUCUAAUGAUGAUAAUGACUGAAUGUGUAUUGGAUCCACGAAAAUAGAUUUGUGCAUAUUUUUUUAAAUAAAAUAUAUAUGUUAACCGUUAUGACUACAAAC